AUGGUGAUUAAAUUACUUAAUGUUUUAUUAAUUUUAGUUGUGUUUGUAAAUUUACUUGUAUCAUUCAGCGAUGGAUCUCAGCAACAAAACAAAACAUUAAUUAAUAAAGAUGAUGAAUGUUUCAAUUAUAUACCCGAAGAAAUUGUAGAUAAGGUAUAUUUAUUCCAACCUGAUAAUGGUGGUUUAAAAGAUCAAGUUAUUAAAUCAACUCCUCAAAAAUCGCAUCAUACCAAAAACACAAAAAAGAAUGAAAAAAACACAAAAUUAUAUUACCUUUUAAAAAACCUUUUACCAAAUACACAAUAUGCAAUUAGAAUUUCAUACACUGCAUCGAGCCCAACAGAUUAUAAAAUUAAAUUUUUUGAUAAUCCUCUUAUUACUACACAAGUUUUAAAUAAAUUUAUCAAAAGUGAAAAAAAAAAUACCAGAGAUUUAUUAAAUACAGAAAUAAUUAAAUUUAAAACAGAUGGUAGUGGUUAUGUAAUUGAAUCACAUGAAUUUGAUACAUUAAAAUUAAAUCCAUGUUCAGUUAUUACUAUUGAAGCUGUCAACAUUGCAAUUUCUCCAACUUUUGUUCAAGGCGAUUUAUAUAAAUAUCAAAGUUUCGAUUUAAUAAUGGACACUGAAGCUAUAGGUGUACCACCAGAAAUUCCCAAAUUAGUAUUCAUCAUUUUAAUUACAAUAAUAGUGGUGUUCAUCUUUUUUAAAAAAUUUGUAUUUUCAAAUAAAAAUUUUUAAUAUACAAAUAAAAUAUAUUUUUC